UGCGGCAAUGCUGGGAUCCGCAUUCGGUCACAAUGCUGAUCUAGCGUAAUGGCGAGGUGCCGGCUUUCUGGUACGUGUGCUCGUUCUCGCAGGAGGGAGGCAAGAUUGUCGACCAUUUCUCGAAGAAGGAUUGGUAUGAUGUCUUUCAACAGAUCGGAAAGACGACGAGAAUACAGGGAACAAACAUUGCCUCUGAUGGUUUUCGAAGCGUCAGUGGCAUACUUGCAGAAUGAUGAGGAUCGCGAUCAACCAAGGCCGGAACGUUCUCACGAACUUCUGGCGGCUGGACUUCACGGCAGAGAAGCGCCGUUCCCUGGCAAAUGUGAAGAUGAGAGACAACAACACCGGCUGCUGGGAAUUUGCAACCUCAAGCAAUCGUUGCAGCAGCUCGCAGGGAAUGGAGGCUCUCUCUCUCAGACUCUGGCCUUGGGACCUUGUCCAACUACAUAGGAUAAGUGGCUAUGGCCAUGG